AAGGAUAGCGUUUUUGAGAGCUUCACUCGAAAGCUGCAUGAUUAGUAACAGAGAAGUUCUUUACUUGGUACUUGAAAUGCGCUGUUAAUGUGUGUGAACGGACAUGACAUCAUAAACACUGCAGCAGUUAAGGGACCCAUUUGUAGGUGAUGAGGUGAAGGUUAAGUGCAUUGGAAUAUGUCUUGCCUUGGAGGCAAUGCCGAAUGGUUUUGCCAUGUUCUUCUUUUGGAUGAGAGUGAGCACCCGGUCGAAAUUCAAAAAAAGACUAAAGGAGAGGAAGUCUUAGAAAAGGUCUUUAUACAUCUCAAUGUACUGGAAAAAGACUAUUUUGGACUGCGCUAUAUUGACCGGGACAGCCAGUCGAGAUGGUUAGAUCCUUUGAAACCAGUGGUAAAACAGUUAACAGCUGGUCCUCCUUAUUUGCUGUAUUUUUGUGUCAAGUUCUAUGCAGCUGAUCCUUGUAGACUUCAUGAAGAACUGACCCGGUACUUGUUCUUCCUGCAAGUCAAGAAAGACAUCUACCAGGGAAGGUUGCCAUGUUCAACAAACAUUCUUGCUGAAGUGUCAGCAUACAGUCUUCAGUCUGAACUUGGAGAGUAUGACCCCAUAGAACACACCAUAGGCUAUGUAUCGGAGUUUAGAUUUCUUCCUAAUCAGACUGAGGAGCUGGAGAGCAAGAUUUACCACAGACAUAAGAAGCUUGGAAAUAUGGUUCCAUCUGUAGCAGAGUUUAUGUAUCUUGAUAAAAUCAAGUGGUUGGAAAUGUAUGGAGUUGACUUGCAUCCAGUGAAGGGGGAGGACUUUGUAGAAUAUUUUAUUGCCCUCAAACCUUCUGGAGUUGCUGUUUACAAGAACAAGACUCGAGUUGGGUCCUACCUUUGGUCAAAAAUAGAAAAAGUUGAUUUUAAAGGAAAGAAGUUCUACUUGACAGUUAAGGGGAAAGAGGAAAGGGAGUAUACCUUUAAGUUUUAUCUUCCAACCAAGACAGCAUGCAAACAUCUUUGGAAAUGCUGUGUGGAGCAUCAUGCAUUUUUUCGGUUAGACAAAGCUAAUACCUCCCAUCGUCGCAAUAGUGGUUUGUUUAGGAUAAGUUCUUCAUACAGAUACAGUGGUAGGACACAGAAAGAAGCAUUGGAAGAUGGUAAGAAGAUUCAAAGGCCUGAUCUGCAAGUGAAACGAAAACCCAGCAAACGAUACGAAAGACGGAUCAGUCAAUCGGGAGAAAAAAUUCAAACUAAUGUCUCAGUAGCUACACCAACUAGUGCAUCCCAGGUUCAGAUUCGACGUUUCAGUCAAACAGACAACCAAGCUGAAGUUAUAACUGUCCCAGUUACGGGUUCUAAUGGCACUGGGGUUAAAACUGAAGGUGAUCCAAGCUCAUUAAAUGGUAAUACAACAGCUGUGGAUGGACAUCAAGGUCCGGCCCUUCCGUGGGAACAAUCCGCUCAAAUGCAGGGCGGCUUGUACACGCCAGCCCCCGACUCCCCUCGGUCUCUGAAGAGCUCAGGAUCUGGCCGAGUGAAGAGGUCACCCAAAUUUCCAAGGCCUCACCGUCGAUCAGCAGGACAAAGUAGCGGCAGUGAAACAGACACACCCAGGAGAAGGAGUCGGCGAGCGUAUUCUUCUGAUGACGACACAGGCAGACGGAGAAGAAGAAGAUGUCGCCAUCACCAUCAUAGAGGCCAUCAUUCAGCUGAGUCAGGAAGCGAUCGUGAUUCGUCCUACAGUCGAGAGGAAAGGAGACGGCACAGGUUGUCUCAAGAAAAUAUUGAUUUUAGCAAGAUGUCGGAUUCAGCUCCAUAUCAUAUGGGUGACAGCGGUAGAAGAGACCGAGGAAGCGGCUCUGAGGCGGAAAGAUCACAUCAUCAUCACCGGCAUAGACAUCGGACAUCAGAGGGAGACGCCCGAAGUGACGGGUCGGCGUCCAGACAUCGCCAUAGUAAAGUUACAAGCGACGAUGCUGACUCGGAGAUGGUUCCAGCGCUGGACGUGAUCCGCUCGCGAGUGGCGGUAGCCCGAGUCAAGGAAGGAAGUGGUGGAAAACAUCGCCAUCAUCGGCAACACCGGCAUAGUCACCAAGGAUAUCAGUCCAGUGAAUCAGGGUAUUCAGCCAUGUCAGCUCCUCCAGCUCCUAAGGGCUCACAGGUGUUGUUAGAAUUAGGUCCGGAUUCAGCGUCACCUCCAAAACAUGGCCCAGGCGGCCCUCAAACUGGACCAGGGUCUGCUACAGGUGCAAACAGCCACCACUCCUCACCGAGGCGACCCUCGUUUGGCCAAGAACAGCAGGGAAUGUUUUCAAGUCGAAAGGCUCCCUUACCCAGGGAUGGAAACCCUGAUGGUCAGUACGUGAAAGUGGAGUACCCAAACGGAGUGAUCAUACACGACACGAGGAAUCAAGGACGUAUCCCUAACCAUGUCAUGUAUCAGGCGGCGUUGCAGCUGAAUGGAACAAGUCGAAAUCAUCACAAUUCACCGGUAAAGUACUCAGCUACGGAUUACAUCGAGGUGGUGUCCGGUCCUUCAAAGAGAGGAGACCCUCCUUCGUAUUACUACCCCAGCCCGUCUCAUAUGAUGCCCAGCAGUAAGUCGACGGUCCUUUAGCUAGCCCGAGAGAGCCUGGAAACAGAGCGUGGAAACAGAGCCUGGAAAUAAGGUUACGCUUCAGCAUGGGUUCGAGCAGAGGCCCGUCGGGAAGAAAUUUGUUUUUAACUUUCUUUUAACGCGUCGAAUUUUUAGCUCCUCAGUUACCUGUCUGGGGCAAUAAGUUUUAUUGGCAAGGAUCUCCAGACUCAUUUUUGUAGAAACAGAACUAUUCGAAACCUAGGGUACUGCAUGUUUACAAAGGGAAGUUAAAGCUUUCUUUCAUUCGGUUUAUACUUAAAUGCAAGUGUCAGUUUAAGGGUACAGAAUUGAAGCAAGGUUUUCAAUGCUGCGACACCUUUUCCUGAUGUCGAAUUCUCACCAAAGAACUAUGGUAUCAACGACAAUUCAGACAGCGAGGCGCCGCAGUUUUGACCUUUUCCUGAACAUUAGGAUCUGCGACGAGAUCGUUGCUUAAGAUCAUAAUCACUGGAGAUUCGCCAAAGAGACUUUGCCCUACUUUUAAAAAAAUAUCUCAUGUUUUGAUAUUCCUCUGUCAACUGACACUUCCCUAAUUUAAUAUCUAUGAUCAGUCUUAACGAAAUCUGUUCAUAAUCUUUUACAGUGUGCUUACUUAUAAGCUUACGAGCGAAAAAUCAAUCGUGCGCCUGAAAUGUUUGCGAAUCAUGGCUGCUCGAACACCAUUGAAAUUCUUUUUAUAUUUUUUAUGUUGUGCGCAGAUUUUGUUUUCGAGAUGUGUUAUUUGAAAGUAAAGCAUGGAGCUAUUGGAUUUACUCGAAACAUCAACAGAAAGCUUUUUUCAAAAUUCGAUAUUUUAUAUUUUUCUACUUUGGGUUUAUGAAUUGCCUAUAUUUAAACAAAUCUUUGCGUUUUAAAUUGAAUAGUCUCCUGUGUCAGUUCAUGAGACGCUUUUGUAGAAUUCUUCGUCGGCAUGUUGUCCCGCUCGAUGCAUUGAUAUAUUUUUUAAAAUUAUUUUAUUUGGAGAUAUCCCUCUAAAUGUACAUAUGUACAAGAAAAUGUGUUUAUUGUGUUAUUUAAGUGUCAUCUCCCUCGUCUUUAUGGACAUCAAAUAAGAUGUAUUUUUCGACUACCUGUCUUUGUACAAUUUGUAAAGACUGUCUCAUACGAGAUGCUCGCAUUUGGAGCAUGUUUACGAAUGCAAACUUCUGAUGGGUUAUUGAAUGCCGCUCAUUUUGCCCUCACCGAUGAGUUUUAGGUAUUGUGUUUUUAGCCAACCAGCUCUUCCCGCUCUUUCCGCACCCUGAGACAAUAUGUCUCAGGAUUGUCGGUGUAUUUUCAUUGGCUGUGUUUAAUUUGGUCAAACUCCUUCAAUUUGGCUUGAGACUGAGUAGCGUGCUACGUGGUUUCUAUUUAGUCUUCAGUAUUUGUACAGUUUGCUUCUAACGACUAGCGAUCGCUUUGCUCGUAUGAUAGAGUGGAGAAUGGUAUCCACGAUCUAGAAGACUAUAGAAUAGUUUUGAAAGGUGUCGGGCGAGGAAAGCCGGGAAAAUCAAAUUUGAAAAACGGUGCUCCAGUUUCAAUGGAGAGUUCCUCGACUGUACGCAAUCUUUUCGUGUGGAUUCACCCUUUGUUGCUUUCUACAAUAAUAUUAUUUGGUUGCUUGGUCUAGAAUGAUUUGAAUGCUUUAUGAACGCUGUGUACAAUGAGUUCGAUAAUAGAAAAAACUUAAAAAUUAAGCGAAAGCACACAGAAGGGCUCGGCUUUCCUAACCUCACAUCUCCAUGAAUGUUAUGCCUAUCCACUUGUAAUCAAAACUUAGUCACGCAUUGCUUGUAAAUAUACUUUUUACUGAGUGGUAAGUGCGCACGCGUGUAUACAAGUAACAGAGAAGAUUGUGAUAUAUAUUUUGAGUUCCCCUCA